UACAACGGAAGCAGUGAACUUAUCGCUUUUAACCUCUUUCUCUCAGCAUAGGUCGAGAGAGAAUCGAGCAAGCGGUGGACAGUACGCGUGCGUUCAUGUAAUUAGUCUAAGCGCAAAACAGGAUUAGGAGAGGCAAGUGAUUUAAACGUCCAUCCUGAAAUGUUCAUUUUGUUAGUGAUUGUGUCGAAGGUGAAGUGGAAUAUUGGAUUAUCGACCAUGUUGAUAGGGGAAGAAGACAUGAGUCUCUUUCAUGAUUGAGUAAUUUGCUUGACCAGAACUUUGGCUUUGAAAGUGAGUGGCUGGAAAUAAGCUUUUGAUGCUGCAGUCUGUGUUGUCUUCAGUUGUCGACUGAUGUGUAACUCGGGAUUAACUUCAUCAUUUAAAUUUGCCUCCUGUAGCAUUUGUAUUUGGUCUGCAAACGAAGAGUUGGUGAGAAUAUUGAAGAAGCAAAUUGAUUUGAUCUUGAUGCCGCAAGCGCUCUAAGCCCGGAGCGUCCUCGUGAUCGCCCGCCAUGGCCGGUGAAAGCAAGAGCACACCUGCAAAGCACAAUAUACUCCGAAAAGUUUCAAGGAGAAAGUUGGUGCUUGCUGUUCUUGUUCUUUUAGGAGAGGUUGUCAUAUGUAUCUCUCAGAUUGUUCUGGGAGUAUGGGUCCAUAUAACCAUUGAGAAUGUAGGCGCGGGCGCCUUCUGGGCCCCUGUAUUGCUUGUUAUAGGAGCCCUUGUCUCUCUGGAGGGCAUCUUGUUCCCAUUUGGUCGUCAGAAGAUGCUAGCCAUGGGUGUGAUGCUUCAGGUCUUGGGGAUCUUCAUGGCUCUCAUAGGGGCUUUCUUGGAGAGUGUUGUAGCAUCAUUAAUACAUAACGUUGAUUUUAGCCAGUGCUCCUACUCAAGCACGGGACUUGCCAACUGUUCUGCGGAGCUCUCCUGCGAAGCCGUUCAACUGAGUUUCCCAAAGAGCUGCUACUGCUGCUACCUGACCAAAGAGAGGUUUAGCCCAUGCUACUUCAGAGCAGUAAGCCUAUUUGAAGCACCUAGUAUGUAUGCUGGAGUAGACUCAUGUAGCCAGGUGUCUGGUGAAUAUCUCAGCCUACUUUGGACAUCCGUUGGUUUCUGUGUAAUCUGCUGCUUCUUCGGGCUCAUUGCUGCAAUCACCACCUACUCCUACAGAAAAGCAGUCAAAGCACCAAGUAUAGCAAUAUCAACGACACUCACAUCUCCUAUGCUGCCCCAACACACUCGUCAAGAAGGCUUUGUCAAGUCAUCAGGAUCAUCUUCAUCUUCCAGUCCGUCUGGUGGCUCACCUUCCCUUGACACACCUGUACCAGCGCCCAGGAACUCCCUUGUCCGUUCCUCAAGUAAUACUGUAGUCAGUGCUUCCCCAUCACCUACAGCAACACAAGCAAAAUCCUCCACCCUUCCGAAAAGUCAAAAGAGGCGUGCCCCAGAUAUACCAACUGCGCAGAACUCUGGAGCUGCUGAGGCCCGCCCUUCAAGCUCAGCGUCAGUUGUUGUGAGACCAAAGAGGAACAGUGCAGCGUUGUUUAAGCAGUCAACAGAAAAUAGGUUGUCAAGUCAUGGUCCAAGACCUCCUUCUGGAGAGCGUCCAAGGUCAGUGGAUAGUAGACAGGUCAUGCGGGUGUCCCGUUCAACAGAGAAUAUACUUGGGGAAACACGGCGCGAAAGACCCAGAUCGGCAACUAGCGGAUCCAGACCAGGAGACAGCCCACAGAGGAGGCCGGAUCCACAGAGAUCCUCGGGAACACCGACUGCAAGUCCAUCUAGGACACAGGCAUCUGCAGGGAAACCAAACACAGGCACCUCGAGGGCACAGGAAUCUUCAAGAACACCAACUGCUAGUCCGUCGAGGACACAGGCAUCUGCAGGAACACCAAACACAAGCACAUCGAGGACACAGGAAUCUUCAAGAACACCGACUGCCAGUCCGUCGAGGACACAGGCAUCUGCAGGAACACCAAACACGAGUGCCUCAAGGACACAGGAAUCUUCAAGAACCCCAACUGCCAGUCCAUCAAGGACACCUUCAAAUAUACCAGCAAAUCAAGAGGAGAGCCAGAGAUCAUCUCGCGAGGUUCCAUCAUCCAGUUCAUCAUCAAACACAAGAGCUUCAGCAAGUGCUUCCACAGACACUAAUACAUCACCAAAGAGUGAAAAUAUAACAGUUCCUCCUGUUAAAAAGAAGAAAUCACACAAGAAAUGUCCUGCACCUCUGACACCACCACAGUUACAACAGUUGCAACAAGAACAGCUUCAACAACAACAACAAGUACUGGCCGAACAUCAGCAGGCAUCCACAUCCUUCUUGCCAAGACACGAUCCAAUCCCAAACUCCCCGCCUCCUCCUUUUGUACCCAACCGUCCUGCCUCCCCACCCCCUUUUACCCCCUCUGCCUCAAUGCACUACCCCGGGCCCCAUCACCCCCACCACCCUCAUCAGCCUCAACCUGUCACAAACAUUCACCUGACGUUGACCACCACCCCAAUGGGGGCCAACGUCCAGAUGCCAAUGGGUGGUCAAAGUGGGUACCUCUUUCAGAACCAACCAUCAGCACCUUAUUUAUGAACAACACCAAGUGCACUUCCUUUCGAUCAAAGUGCCUUGUGAACAUUGCUUUUGAGCCGUUGGGCAACAAUGGUAGGCUGUGAAGACUAUUUAUAUUUAUAAGCACAAUUAACCUUCCUGACUUACAAGGUAUCUUUGUGUUUAUUAUUAGGAAAGUGGACAUACAGGGAUAAUCAGUUGCCUGGUGCAGGAGUUGAUCAUCAUUAGGGUAGCAUUUUUAGGCGGG